GUCUACGUUCGUAGAACACAAUUCACAAUCUUCUUUAGAAUCCAAAAUCAUUGUUUGAAAACAAAAUCGAAGAUGGCAACAAAAUCCACGGGAGAUAUCGAGAAAACCAAGUCAAUAGAAAUGAAGAAGAAACUAAACGUGUUGAUCGUCGAUGAUGAUCCAUUAAACCUCAAAAUCCACGAGAGGAUCAUCAAAACGAUUGGAGGAAUUUCUCAGAUGGCGAAGAAUGGCGAGGAGGCAGUGAUCAUCCACCGCGACGGCAGGGCAUCUUUCGACCUUAUCCUAAUGGAUAAGGAAAUGCCGGAGAGGGAUGGAGUUUCGACAACUAAGAAGCUAAGAGAAAUGAAAGUCACGUCAAUGAUUGUUGGGGUGACAUCACUGGCUGACCGUGAAGAGGAGCGUAGGGCUUUCAUGGAAGCUGGACUUAACCAUUGCUUGGCAAAACCCUUAACAAAGGAGAAGAUCCUCCCUCUCAUUAACCACCUCAUGGAUGCUUGAUGGACGAAUUGUCAUCAUACAUAUGUUAUAUUUAUGAGAAAAAAACAUAAUAACGUCAACAUAUACACGUGUAUAUGUAUGCAUAUAUAUAUAUAUGCUUGUUUGGGAUUUAGGGUUUUUAUGUUUUGUGUUUAUCCUCUCCGUGGUGUAAUCAUGUAAGUCGUUUCUUUUGGCUUCUAAUUAAACUAUUAAAAUAUGUAUUCUUCUGAGACCAAAACAAAAAUUAAAAAACAUUUUCUUUUGUUAAAUGAAUUGAUAUAUAUUUAUAUAUACAUAUACUUCGUAC